AUGACAAGUGAGGUGAGGGAUGUCCAAAAGGCUCUCACCUUCAUGCUCAUCCCCGCUGCCCCAAGCCCUAAGCUCUGCACUGAAGCAAACUGUCUUCCUGGUACUGAUUUCCCAGCAGAUUCAUGCACAUAUCAUCCAGGUGUGCCAGUCUUUCAUGAUGCUCUCAAAGGUUGGUCCUGUUGCAAGAGAAGAACAACAGAUUUUUCUGACUUCUUAAGCAUUGCGGGCUGUACAAAGGGUCUCCAUAACAGUGAGAAACCUCCUGAGCCUGUUAAACCAGAAGUCAAAACUACCUCUGAACGAAAGGAGCUAGCUGAACUGAAGCCCAGGUUUCAAGAACACAUAAUUCAGGCACCAAAACCAUUGGAAACAAUUAAAAGGCCAAGCCCAGAUGAGCCAAUGACAAAUUUGCAGCUGAAGGUAUCAGCUUCUUUGAAGCAAGCACUAGAUAAACUGAAGCUGUCAUCAGAAAAUGAAGAGAAAAAAGAAGAUGACAGUGAUGAAAUCAAGAUUGGGACAGCAUGUAAAAAUGCAGGCUGUUCAAAAACAUACGAAGGACCACACAGCACAGAAGAAGUAUGUAUAUACCAUUCUGGUGUACCUAUAUUCCAUGAAGGGAUGAAGUAUUGGAGCUGUUGUAAAAGAAAAACAUCUGACUUCAAUACAUUUUUAGCUCAAGAAGGCUGCACAACAGGAACACACGUAUGGACUAAAAAGGAUGCAGGUAAGAAAGUAGUUCCAUGCAGGCAUGAUUGGCACCAGACUGGCGGAGAAGUUACUAUUUCUGUAUAUGCUAAAAACUCUGUUCCUGACCUGAGCUACGUAGAAGCAAAUAGCACAAUGGUAAAUAUCCAUAUUGUAUUUGAAGGAGAAAAGGAAUUUCAUCGCAGUGUGAAACUAUGGGGAGUAAUCGAUGUGAAGAGGAGUUAUGUGAACAUGACAGCUACAAAGAUUGAGCUUACUAUGAGAAAAGCAGAGCCCCUAUUAUGGGCAAGUCUUGAAUUACCAGUAUCCAACACACAACAAAAACAAGAGAAUUCAGAUCAACAAUGAUUUCAAGAGACAAGUUAUUUCCCAUUAUGAAAUGGUGACUUGCUACUGUAAUCAAGUAUUUAACUUUUAUAUAGGUUUUUUUUUGUUUUUUUUUAAUCCUGGGUCCCAUGUUCCAUUUCUAGAAAGAGAUUUGACACACAGUGAAUGGGGGUGUAAACCUGGAGGGUGAUAGCUAUUUCUGCUCUUGCUCCCACCAGUGUAUUUAUUCUAGUUGGAGAGUCUCCAUGGGGAUUUAGAGUAAAAGAGCUAUUUCCCUUUGCUUUCAACCUUA